AUGUCCGGAUCUGCCAAGGGGCAUCCUAAUAAACCAUUUUCGGAACCUGCAGCGCCAAAAUAUGGUAAAGGAAAACCUAAACAGCAGGACGUAAAGAUUCUGCAUAUAAAUGUGAGAUCCGUAAGAAGAAAAAUAGACGAGUUGGAAGCAUUUCUUGCUGAUGAGAACAUUGAUGUACUGUGCCUGACAGAACAUUGGUUGACCAAAGAAGAAAUGGAACUUGUCCAUUUGCAGAGAUACAUGAUGAGAGGGUCUUCUGAACGGAAGCACUUCACAGGGAAUUUUGAUACCUUCUUGGAAUCCCUGGAGGUAAUAUUAACACAAUUUAGUACGAAUAGCAUAGCAGGUAAUAUAGUAAAUCACAUCCCUGAUUUACAUUUAGAUCCUGUAAAUAAUAUUGAUCUCCUGGUACCGCUACCUCUGUUUUCUUUUUCUGAAGUCACAUUUAACGAGGUUCGCGAUGUUGAGAUGGAAUCAGAAAGAAAGAUCGUCACGCGUGAUACCUCGAGUCUGUCUUCAAGCCCAGUCGAUUUCACAGAAACUCGUCGAGGUUUGGACUUCUACAGUUGUUCUCAUUGA